UGAGGAAGUUCACUUAACAACCGCCACAGAUUCCCGCAGAUUCGAUACUAGAUUUUCCCCUAACAAUGGCAAAUAAAGCGGCGCUGCCAUAAAAGCCGUUCUGUACACCUUUGGGAGAUAUUUGAGACGAUAAUGCUGGAUGGUUGCGCUCAUGAAAUUCACCAGAGAUAUAUGUUGGCUCUUGGGAUUCGGGAGCGGUCCCCCUGUCCAGGACGAGCACAUGGACUGUGGUCCCACGGCCUCUGACCUGGGCGACAAUGUCAAUUUGUCACAGGAUGGAGUCAACGGAGAGGAGGACCUUAGUGAGGAGGAGAAGGUCAGGAGAAGGGCAGAGCGGCGUAGAGCAAAGAGAAAACGUCGUAGAAAAAGAAAGAAGCAAGGGCAAAUAAAACAAAAUGACCAGGACGAUGAGGAGGAGGAGGAGGAGGAAGAAGCAGGUGGAGAGUCUGAGCUGGAUGAGAGUGAAUCUGAGGCUGAAGACGUAAAAGAUGUGCAGAGGGAAGUGAAACCUGUUGCCUUAAACAAACCAACAACCACUACUGCGGUAACUACAUUUCCUGGAAUAAAGGCACAACAGAAAAACCAAAGUCAAGCCAAAUCUGCAGAAGAGGAACCGGAAUGGGACGUAAGCAGUGCCUUCUUUGCCAAUGCUGCUAGCCAUAUCAGACCCAAAGUUACAAGUCGCAAAUCAAGGGACAACAAGGAAAAUGAAACUAAGAAAGAGACAAAUGGACAUACUGACACGAUGAGUAAGAAAAGUGCCUCAUUAACAGAAAAAGGGAUUAAACUGGUGCAGGAGGGGCAGUAUGCACAAGCUGUCACAAUGUUUACAGAAGCUAUUAAAUGUGAUCCAAAGGAUUACCGGUUCUUUGGGAAUCGCUCUUAUUGCUACAGCUGCUUAGAGCAGUUCCCCCAGGCCUUGGACGAUGCUGAACGCUCCAUUCAGCUGGCACCUGAUUGGCCAAAGGGGUACUUUCGCAAAGGUAUAGCGCUUAUGGGCAUGAAGAGGUACAGUGAAGCUGAAAAAGCAAUGGAAAAGGUGCUGAGAUUGGACAAAGAUUGUGAGGAGGCUGUCACGGACCUCUUUAACUGCAAAGUACUGCAGUUGAUGGAGCACGGUUUGGAUGAAAUGCAAAGUGUCUAUCUACUAGAGAAAUUUACCACGGUUCAAGCUGUUUUGUCGUCUUGUUCAGAUGCUGUGAAAGGCACCACACAAGAUCCAUUGGCAUUACAAACCGGCCCUUGUCCUUCUCUCUGGGUUGGCAACGUGACAACUGAGCUAACAGAAAAACAUAUUUUGGAUCUCUUUAAAACGUGUGGUGAAAUUGAAAGUAUUCGUGUUCUACAUGAAAGAUUCUGUGCUUUUGUUAAUUUUAAAGACACAAACAUGGCAGCCCGAGCCAUGGAGAAACUCAAUGGUUAUUGUAUUGAGAACACUCGAUUAGUAGUGCGCUAUCCUGACCGCCGUAGUACUCCAAGAAACCUUUCCAUGCCACUUAAGACCUGUCUUUCACUCACACAACAAGCUGGGAUGUCUGCUGGAGCGAGACGACGUGGGCCAGUGAAUGGAGACGAGUGUUACUUCUGGAGAACCACCGGCUGCCAUUUUGGAGAUAAAUGUCGCUAUAAACACAUUCCAGAUCAGAAAGGCAAGGACAGAAAACCAUGGCAACCUUGAACUCAGUUUGAACUCAGUUUGAACUCAGACACAAAACUUAAAACGCUGGUACCAUCACACUGCCAGAGUGGACUCAGUUAAUUAAAGGAUCAAUCAAUGAAUUGGGGAGCUCAAGUGUUGCCUGCACAACUCAAAGGAUACUUGUUUUUACUCAAGAAGAUUUGCCUUAACCAAAUGGAAUAAUGACUCAAGGUAGGCGGGAAGAUCAAAUAGUUUUAUGUUUGUGACACUUCUGUCCUCUCUAAUGUAAUUCAAUCAAACCUCACAUAUAUUUGUCCUGCUUGGUCCCCUCUUCAUACAGUACAGUACUCGUAGAGAGAAAGAAUGGGAAUGCUUAAUAGGUCCAUGAAUGUUAAGUAUCUCACCUUCAAAUUAUUUUCAAAUUAUUUCAACAUGGGUAUAAAAUUUGGCUUUUGAUAUUACAAAAAGGUUUGGGGGAGAUCCUUGUUUAUUUCCACCUUGUGCCAAAAUCCUCAAAAGUAUUUGUAAAUGUAUUUAUUGGUUUUUACAUUCAGUAACUUUUAAACACCCACAAAACUUUUUGUAUUUUGGGUUACAAGUGAAUAUUUUAUUAAAUUUUUUUAGUUUUCUCAAUUAAGACAAACACUAUCACAGAUCCCAACAGUUUUGUAGCUUGACUCUGGACUGUGACAUGUAAAUAUAACUAAAUUCUCCUGUUGAUAAACAAAUUGUCCUUACUCAACUACACUUUGCUGAUCAGGUUCUGAGAACCAGCCUUGUGCUUUCCUAACCCGCUGUGCACAGUAUUGUCUAAUCUUAUCCACUGUUCAACUUUAAGAAGCAGUGUUGUGACCCAGAGCCUCAGUUUCAGUAUUUCACUUCAAAUCAAGGCAUGUGGCUUCUAAUGGCUCUGCACUGAUACUCUCUUGUCUGAUGCAUGUGAACACUAAACAGUGAAUUACUCUAAUGACAUCUGGUUGAAGUCUACACUACGUUCACUAGCAAACUAUGCUCUGCAUAGAAUAAGUAUUUAUUUUUAUUUAUACCUUUUUGUUUUUAUAACAAUGUAACUUGGGGCAUCUUCUGCCUAAUGUACUGUCUGUUAUGUCUAAUACACAUGUUAUUUGUGCACUGUGCCACUGUAGCUCUCAGUCAGCAUUACUAUUAUUUUUGUGGUUGUAAGCAUUUGGUACAAAUACAUUGCAUGAUGCACUUCUGCAUUUCUUAGCUCAUUCUGUGGCUAAGACCUCAAAAAGGAAUUGAUCAGCAAACCUAGAACUAUACUUUUGUGCACAACUCCUGACUUGCUUGCUUUUAUUUUUUUCGUCAUGUCCCUGUUACUAGGAUACAAUCAUAGUAGCUGUUUUAUAUUUCAAAUUUUAAAUGUACUAUUUUGUAAUAUUUCAAUGUCCCUUCAAAAAUUCUUAUGUAAACAACUAUUACAUUGCACACUUUGUCUUCCAUUUACUAUGUGUUACUCCACUGCAAACAAAGUCUUUUUAUAUCUAAUAAAUGUAUAUAUAUGGGAAACAUU